AGCCCCGGGGGCAGGGGAGCGGAGCUGAGGAUGGCUGCGCCCGGCUCCUUCCCCCUGCGGGUGGAAGGGUCCUGGGGCCCCGACCCCCCGAAGAACUUGAGCACCAAGUUGCAGAUGUACUUCCAGAGCGCGAGGAGAUCCGGAGGCGGAGAGUGUGAGGUCCGCCAGGAGCCGGGCACCGCGACCCGCUUCCUGGCGUUCUUCCAUCUAGACGCUGUUCGGCAAAGAGUUCUGGAGACUAAGAACCAUGAGUUGCUAUGGCCAGGCAUAGGAACAUUCCAGUUAACUGUCCAGUUGCCCACAGCCCCAGAGGAAGUCCAGGAUGUCUUAGAGGGGGACAUUCCAGCAAAGGAAUCAGAGACCAAAGCACAUAUCCAAGAACCAGAUGUGUCAGAAGAAGUGGGUACAGAACUUUCUCCCAGUAGAAGAUCAGAGAAAAUGGAAGAUACCUCAGCAGAAUGUGAAAAUACUUCCUUUUCGGUUGCAUUUGAAAAUCUCAAGGCAAAUGUAACCGAUAUAAUGUUAAUUUUGAUAGUGGAGAAUGUAAGUGGCCUGUCCAAUGAUGCUUUUCAAGUGGAAGUAUUACAGGAUUUUGACGUUGCUGUAGUUACCUUUCCAACGCAUGUGGAUGCUGUGAAAUUUGUUGACAAUUGUGUCAGGCAUCACUUCGUGAAACAACUCCAGCUUUCUCCGAGACUUCUGGAAGUGACAAGAACAAUCAGGGUUGAAAACCUGCCACCUGGUGUUGAUGACUAUAAUCUGAAAUGUUUAUUUGAAAAUCCUCAAAAUGGAGGAGGGAGAGUUGCCAGUAUUGAGUGUUUGCCUGAAGAGAAUUCGGCUCUGAUUGAGUUUUUUGACAAAAAAGUGUUACACACCAUCAUGACCAAGAAACUUGACCUCAAUAAUAUGCCACUGUCUGUGUUUCCAUACUACACCUCUUUGGGCACGGCCUUGUACGGAAAGGAGAAACCUCUGAUCAAGCUUCCAGCACCAUUCAGAGAAUCAUUAGAUCUUCCCUUAUGGAGGUUCUUACAGAAAAAGAAGCAUCUGAUUGAUGAGAUAAAUGAGGAAGCGAUACGUUGUCACAGUGAUCUAAUAUGGUCCGAACUCAGAUGUGAAGUUACCAUCAGACCUGCGACCACAUUAUUCUGUCUAGGUAGACUGAGAAUCAGGAACUGGAAGGAAGAUGUUUCCACAGCAUUCUCUAACAUCAGGUCCAAAUAUAAAGUUACCCCCUUUAAAGUGGAUCCCGUAGUGUGGGACACCAUAAAAAAUAAUGUAGGAGAUGACAGGAUUUUGAUUGAAUUUGAUACCCUUAAGGGGAUUGUAACCUUAGUGGGGAGAUCAGAGGAUGUACAGAACAUUGAGCCACAAGUCAAGGAAUUAAUAGAAAGUACCACUCAAAAAAUUAAAAGAGAAGAGCAAAGUCUAAAGGAGAUAGUGGCCGUUUCUCCAGGAAGGUAUUUUCUUUUGUGUCACAGAGAUGUCCUUGGGCGUCUCCGCACCGAGUGCCCAGAUAUGGAGAUUUGUUAUGAUGAAGCCUCUCAGCACGUGUGGUUCAAAGGCCUCUACACAGACGUGUAUAAAGCCAAGUGUGAAAUACAGAAAGAGAUGUGCACCAUGGUUCAAAAAAGCAUCCGGCUUCCCCCUGAGAUUUUCCAGUUUUUGCAAAAAGGAGACUGUACAGAAUUCUCGAAGUCGCUUUUCAUGGCACAGAAAAUUCUUGCUGUUUGUGAGCUAGAGGGUGAAACUGUUCUCUUAAUCGGCUAUUCCCCUAAAGUCCUGUUAGAUGCCGAAAAACAAAUGGUCAGUGCCUUCAGUUACAAGCGCAUCAACAUUGACGACCGGGAAGUUCUAAAUGGCAAGAAGUGGAAAGCGCUCACUCACAGCUUGUAUAAGAGACACAACUCCUCCUCAAAGACUGUAAUAAUCGAUGAAUUAACUUCAGAAACCAAAGCGGAGGUCAUCAUCGCGGGCUGUGUGAGAGAAGUGAAUGAAUCCUAUAGCUCGCUUUUUGACUUUGUGGAAAAACACACGAAAAUAGAGAGAUUGAUUAAAAUAAAGCCUCCUGUAAUCAUUGAUUAUUUAAGGAUAGAAAAAAAGCCAUUCUGGCAAAAGAUAAAGACAACAAAUGUUCAGGUAAUUUUCAAUCUUGAAAAUAAAGAAAAGGGCAUUUUACUAAUUGGGCCAAAGGCCAAAGUCCUGGAGGGGGUGAACAUCGUCAGGCAAGCCGUAAAUUCCAUCUGUAUUGAAAGCGUCCGUAUCGAUAGGCCAUUGGUCAGCCAGUUCUUCCAGGAGAAAGCACAGUAUUAUAAAAGAGAGGUCAAACGGCUGUUUGGAUGUUCCAUUGACCUACAGGAGAAUGGAGGGGAGGGGGAGGGAGGGGGCAGGGAUGGGCAGAGCAGCUUCUUGUCUCGGGUGGAGCUGGCCCCUGGAGUCUGGCUGAUGGUGCAGCAGGGCGACUUGACCCGGUUUCCUGUCGAGGUGGUGGUGAGCACCGCCAACGAGGACCUGCAGCUCUGCAACAGCCUGGCAGCAGCUCUUUCAAAAGCAGCUGGCCCUGAGCUCCAAGAGGACUGCGACCAGAUAGUGAAGACAAGGGGCAAGGUCCCCCCCGGCAGUGCCGUCAUCUCAAAAGCUGGAAAGCUCCCGUACCGCCAUGUGAUCCAUGCCGUGGGGCCCAGGUGGAAGGACGGCGAGGACCUGAAGUGCAUGCUCCUGUUAAAGAGAGCUGUAGAAGAAACUCUCCAUUUGGCUGAGACACACCAGUGCCGGUCCCUAGCCAUCCCGGCCAUCAGCUCCGGAGCCCGGGGCUUUCCCUUAGCCCGGUGUGUGAAGGUGAUUGUUUUGGCUAUCAAGAAAAACUUCCAGUUCAAGCGGGACGGACACACCUUGAAAGAGAUCUACCUUGUGGAUACAUCUGAGAAGACUGUCCAGGCUUUUGCGGAAACUGUGAAAACCGUAUUUGAGAGCGCCCCGCCUCCGACGGGUCCUCUGCCCGGUUUAUCACAGGCAGUUCAGCCGGUCUUGACAAACGUUCCUGGAAACAGACAGAUUUCAUUGUCCCAGGGAAACCUGAGGCUCCUGCUGGUGGAAGGAGAUGUGCAGAAUGCUACCGUUGAUGUUCUUGUCAACUCCAUUCCCGUGAAUCUCAGGCUCAAUACAGGACACCUUUCUCAGGCCCUUGUGACAAAAGCGGGGCCAAAGCUCCAGGAGGAAUUGGACAGAGUCGGCCAAGCAGUGGUUGUUGGCAUGGGCACAGUUCUCCAAACCAGUGGACACAAUCUGCACUGCCAGAAUGUGCUUCAUGUAGUGGCUCCGAAGUGGAGAGAUGGGUGCACGUCUUCACACAAGGUCAUGAGAGACAUAAUCAGGAAAUGUCUGGAAAUCACUGAGAACUUGUUCUUAAGAUCAAUUGCAUUUCCAGCAAUAGGAACUGGAAAUCUGGGGUUUCCUAAAACUGUUUUUGCUGAAUUAAUAACUUCAGAAGUAUUAAACUUUAGUAGCAAGAUUCAACUGACAGCUUUACAAGAGGUUCAGUUUCUGCUGCACCCAAGUGAUCACGAAACUAUUCAGGCAUUUUUAGAUGAAUUUGCCAGAAGGACGAAUGGAAAUUUUGUCAGUGCCAAAGUGCCCAAGGCCGAAGAUGCACAAGGUUUCCGUGGGACUGUGUCCAGCCCUAAUGUAGAUGUGCAUGAGAUGAAAAUUGGUCCCAUCACCUUCCAGGUGGCCUUUGGAGAUAUCACUAAAGAAGAGGCUGAUGUGAUUGUAAAUUCAACAUCAAAAGCAUUUAAUCUCAAAGCAGGGGUGUCCAGAGCAAUUCUAGAAUGUGCUGGACAAAAUGUGGAAAUGGCAUGUUCUCGCCUAGCUGAAAAGGGCAACAAUGAUUACAUAGUUACCGAAGGUGGAUUAUUGAGGUGCAAGAACAUUGUUCACGUCAUUGGCGGAAGUGACGUCAAGCAAUCAAUCUUCUUUGUUUUGCAAGAGUGUGAAAAACGGAAAUAUUCAUCAGUUUGCCUCCCAGCCAUUGGGACAGGAAAUGCCCAAAAAGACCCAGAGGAGGUUGCUAAUGCCAUGAUUGAUGCCAUCAAAGACUCUAUCCAGAAAGGAAUGCUCCAGUCUGUGAAAAAAGUUAAAGUUGUUAUCUUUCUGCCUCACCUACUGAAUGUGUUUUGUGACAGCAUGAAAAAAAGAGAGGCAUCUCUGGCUUCUCUCCAGCCAUCUUUGAGGUCUAGAUUGACACCAUUUGUGGAAUCCCCAAGUCAAUUUCCACAAAAGCAGAAUCCGUUGGUUUUGAAAAAGAAAACAGAAUCAGCAAGUUUUCAGGUGUGUGGUGAAAGUGAAAAAUGUAUAAAAAAUGUUGUCUCCUGGAUACAGGAUCUGAUCACAAAGGAACUAUGUCCUUACACCAACGAAGAUGAGUGUAUCAAAGAUUUUAAUGAAAAAGAAUAUCAGAAAUUGAAUGAGCUACAGGAGAACUUAAAUAUUGCCAUUUGCUUGGACUAUAAAAGACCCUUGAUUGAAGUUUUUGGAAUUGGCAAAGAUCUGACACAGGCUAGAAAUGCAAUUGAGGAAAUGAUCAAAGGAAUGAGAUUGGCCAAGGAACAGAAAUCCCAGGCAGAGUUAAUCAGUGAAUUUAUAGAAUGGCAAUAUUGCAACAAUAGUACUUUUCAGAGUUUUGACAAAAUAACCAAUCUGCAAUUGGAGACUGCAUGGAAGGCAAAGAAAAGGAGAACUGUUGUCAAAAUUGAUGAUCAGAGCUACACAGUGGACCUGAGUACACACACGGCUACAGAUGCAAAAGGACACAGUUUACUUGUUCAGCGCCUCAUGAAAUCAGAAGUUAAGACCCCUGAGCACUGGAAUGAUAUGAAGCAGCAGGAUUUCUGUGUGGUAGAGCUCCAGCCUGGGCAUGCAGAAUAUAACACGGUGGCAAGCAAGUUUAAUCAGACCUGCUCACACUUCUACAUAGAGAAGAUUGAGAGGAUCCAGAAUCCAGAUCUCUGGAAUUGCUACCAAACAAAGAAGAAAACCAUGGAUGCCAAGAACGGGCAUAAAAACAAUGAGAAGCAGCUCUUCCAUGGGACAGAUGCUGACUCAGUGCCACAUGUCAACCGAAAUGGCUUUAACCGCAGUUAUGCUGGAAAGAACGCUGUGGCAUAUGGAAAGGGAACCUAUUUUGCUGUCGAUGCCUGUUAUUCUGCUAAUGAUACAUACUCCAGACCAGACAGCCAUGGGAGAAAGCAUAUGUACUAUGUGCGAGUACUUACUGGAACCUACACACGUGGAAAUCACUCACUAAUUGUGCCUCCUCCAAAGAGCCCUGAAAACCCUACUGACCUGUAUGACACUGUCACAGAUUGUGUGCAGAAUCCCCGCUUAUUUGUGGUAUUUUAUGACUACCAGGCUUACCCAGAGUACCUCAUUACUUUUACCAAUUAACAUCUGGGUAUCCUUCCCAGAAGACAUUGCUCGUCUAUACAUGCCAAGUUGUAAAACAAGUUUUCGAUUUUUUUUUCCUCUUAACAGCAUUUUGUAAGAUCAAAGGAUCCUUGUCACUGAAAUCAGACUUUCUUCAACUUCUCCUUCAUACCUGGAAUGAACCUAUCUUAAGAGCAAUACAUUUAAGAAUUUAAAUCACAUAACUUAGUUAUAACAGUGUAUUCACAACCGUGGACAUCAAAUCUGCAGAAGGAAAGAACAGGGUUGUAGUCUUGGGAAGGAGAGAAUGUGUUCAUCUUAAAGGCAGAGAGCACAGCUAUGCAAUUUCAGCGCUGCUGUGAAGGAGACAGCUGUAUAUCACGUCGGGAUGCCAUAUUCCUGUGAGAAGCACAGUAUUACUGAGUGGGGAGGACUGCUCAUUUCCGGGCGGCCAGGGAUGUUGUCUCUCUCUCUCUUUUUUUAAUUGCUGGGCUGACAUCUGUGCCUGAUGUAAAUAGAUGCUCCAGAACAUUCCAUAAACCAACUAAGAAAGAAAGAAAUUAGUUAGACUACAACCAAAGUAGGAGCCAUCUCUUUAAUAUCCUUGACUUGUCACUUUGCCUUAAAUUGAACAGAUUCUGUGACAGGGAAUUCUGUUCUUCACAAACUGCGCCAUGUGCAGUGGGACAUGUGGGACAACUCCAGACUGGCUUCUGUGUUCUGUACAGUUCAGGGGCCGUGGUCUAGCUUGUGGCCCACGGGAACUGGGUCCCAUGGACUUGUGCAACACAGCAGUUCUGGCUCCGACUGGUCCUUUUCUAUGUUGACCCCAAAUCUGCCUUCAUCUAACUUCUGUUGGUGACAGAAAUUAGAUGACAGUGACAAGAGUGGGAUACUUCCAGGGUGAAACCCUUCUACUAUGUUAAGAUUAAGUGAGUUCUAGUAUUAUUAAUAUUUUCUUUGGCAGUCUAGCUUUUGAUGAUUUUAAAGACUUUAAAUAAAUCAGAGGAAUUAAGCAGCCAUAUUGCUAAUUUGCUAGCUCAGUUAUCUAUUAAAUAGUAGUGUUGGUUUUUAAAAAAAUUUCCCCAGAUAAAUUUUAGAUUCAGACACUGUUUAUUGAGUGCCUAGAUCGUACCAGGUAAUAUAAUAGGUGCUUUAACUUAUAGUAUUUAUAUAUUCCUCCAAACAAUCCUGUCAGGUAAGAAUUAUAUCCCCAUCUUAAAGUUGGGGAAACUGACGCUUAGAAUACAAGAAGCUUCCUUGCCUGGGGUCACCUAGGUGGCAGCCCUUAGAGACGGAAACCCAAUCCCGAUUCCUGUGUCACCACUACACCACUACAGAGCAUAGCCUUUAGAUUAAUGUUACCAUUUCAGGAACAUCUCAGGUAAUCUAUGAAUGACCCUCAUAUUUCCUUGGCUUUUUCCUUCUGGCUUUGGUUUCUGUUAGAGUCUCUUCAUUUGAAGCUCUGUAGGCCAAGAGGCUAGAGCUGAUGCCCAGCGCAGGUGGUGCACUCGGACACUAGGGGGUGUUGCGAGGAGGUGAAAGGAGCUCUUUCCUUGGCUGCUGUGAACUACUUGCCUCAAGUACAAGAAGUUAAGGGGGCCAGAGUUCCGCUUCAUUCACAGACGGACAUCUUGAAAUUUUUCUUGCUGGGUUUUGUUUUGUUUUGUUUUUUAAUAUU